GCUUCUGCUGCCAUAAACCAGGGCUGGCUUGCGGUCCAUCCCCACCCGGCGCAAAAUCGGCAAGGGGAGCCUCUGCCGAGCGCGGCGGCGCUGCGAUUUUUUCCAAACCGAGUCCGCCGGCGAGACGGCUAGUUCGCUUCGUAGCCUCACUGGAGACGAAGCGGAGCCGUGUCCGUAUGCAAACUGGUCGGGGGGUGGGGGGCAUAUAAUCUCCCUCUCUCCGAAUACAGGGAAGGCGUCGAUUUGGUUCACCAAAUCGCCAAGCUACGACUCCUUCCGCAGCCUCGCGCCGGGCUCCGCCGCCACCCGGCCGGCACCACUCAGCAGCAGUUUAGUCUGCGGCAGGUCAUGCGGAAAAUUGUCUAGCAGACGCCCUGCAAAAACAAGAUCGACUAUGAUGUUGUCACCGGUCAAAUGUACCGCUAAAAGAAGCAAAUCCGAGCCUGUGAUCCAUAGUCUCCCGGAGGGUAUUAUGCAUGACAUAAUAUCAAGGCUGACACUGAAGGAUGCUGUGAGGGCCAGUUUGGUGUCGACAAACUGGAGACGACUAUGGACAUGCCAUUCUAAUCUAUGCUUUGACAGUCCCACGAUCCUGAACCGCGAGUAUGGCACCAUUAGCAGGAGCAGCAGCAGGAGGGGCAGAAGAAGACGCAGGUUCAUCAGGCGUGUCGAUGCCAUCCUGGAAUCCCACAGCGGUACAGGGCUAAGAAGAUUUGGUAUCACGUUCGCUCUUGACGCGAGGCACACGGAACAUCUGGAUCGAUGGCUCAAGUUCGCACUCGAUUCCAGGGCAUCUGAGAUUGCUGUUAAUUUGUUCCCUGUGUUCUACAAGGGUUUCGUGAGGUCAUAUGAAUGGGAGGAUGCAUACACCUUGCCGUCUCAUAUGUUUAGCAGUCAAGGGGCAUCUUACAUCGAGUCACUUGAGCUCGUCUUUGCAUCGUUGAAGCUACCCCGUGAUUUCUAUGGCCCUUUGAAGCUUAGAGUGUUGGAUCUCCAAUCUGUUCACGUGUCGGAAGGAGAUCUCGAGCUGCUGUUGUCCAAGUGCAGUUCAUUGGAGUGUUUGCGCCUGGGUCGUUGUUACCCAGUGCUUAAUCUGAAAGUGCAGAAACCACUAUGUCGGCUGCGUAAUUUAUCUGUCCGGGGAUGUCAGCUGCAGGUUAUGGAAUUCAGUGCUCCGAAUCUAGCAAAAUUUGAGUAUUCGGGUCAGGCCAUACCCAUUACACUCGGUGAAUCCAUGAAGCCAACAGAGGCUACUGUGACGCUCUUGGGAUAUGAUGACACUCUUGAACAUGUCUUCACUGAACUUCCAAAAACCCUGUCUCACGUGGAGACACUAUCUGUGAACACUUGCAUAAACACCGAGGUGGUUGGAUUUUCAAAUUGCCUGAUGAAGUUCACUCAUCUGAUAAAACUGGAGGUGACUGUAAGUAUUCUCGGGGACUCGAGAAUCAGAAAUGGGAUUCUUCGUUUAGUGAGUCUUCUAGAGGUGGCCCCUCUUCUGCAAAGGCUCGAGUUAAAUGCAAGCGCCCCUCUUGCUCUGAUGCAUGUCUCCUGUUUAUCUUUUGAGACAAACGAUGUUUGCUUAGUGCUUGUUGCAUUUGAUCCGCCGUAGUUUACACUGCACUAUGCUUCCACAUGUCUCGGUAGGGUUUUCCAAUGAGCCUGAAGCCUACUGGCAUUUUCGGCCAUGCGCCCAUAGUCAUCUUGAGCAGUUCGAGGUUUCAGGGUUUAUCGGUCUAAGAAGUCAGCUUGAGGUGGUAUUGUGCAUCCUUGACAACGCAGUGGCUCUGAGGCGGAUGUCCGUAGAACCGAGGGUGACGGCACAUGAUCGUGUCUUUGGACACUUGGCGGAGUUUGAGCUUGAUAUAAGAAGAGGCAGGGAAUGUGCCUUGGACUUCUUUUCGCCCAAAGACUACCCCGGCGUGCAGAUUGAGAUUUUCUGAAGGACCUUUGGGUUUGGCUUCAGGUGCUGAAGGCCUGAAGGAGUGAAGCGCAACAAAUAGGCAAGUGCGAGUUCCAGCACAGCCUUUCUGGCAUCUUUGUUUGUUUAUGUACAUACUCUGGAGGCUUGUUGAUCUAAUAAUGUGUAAGAAAAAACAUCAUAUUUAUUUACUUAUGUUGAGGAAAGCUUGGUCGCAUUUGUGCCAGCCAUGUGUAAUCUUGUCUACUAGGGAGAAUGAAACUGGUUUACUGCAA